CUGAACACGCUUAUGGGAAGGAGGUAGCAGAAGUGGUGGGCUUCAUUUUUAAAGAAAAACGAGAGACUUGCAGUAUAAGACCGAGUUCUACAGUUUUGUGAGGCUGUGGGAAUACAGCAGCCUGCACUGAUCUGGAGUUUAUAUGUGUUGAACUAUGAUUCCCAUUGUCCCCAGAUAUAACAAAGCUCUGUUGGAGAAGAGAUUCAUCUUGGAUAAAGGUUGGUUCGCCCCAUCAAGCCUUCCUUUCACUGGAUAUCAAAGUGGGACGUGGUCCUUAUCUCCACCCUGGAGGUAGAGUAAGGAAGGAGGAAGCAGCAGGUGGAGGGAGCCGGCUUGGGCGCCACGCUUUGAAGAUUCAGCAGCCAGCGAGCCAUCCGUGGUACCCGAAGGCGCCGAGUGCCAAGGGAAAUCCCAGGUGACAUCUAAACCCAAACAAGCUGUGAGCGCCAUGUCUCAGCAGCUUCUCUACCGGGCAUUGGUGACUGCGAAAUGGGUGUCAGAAGUUAUCAAGUCUCCUCAAACUGGAUCGUCUGUGAAGCUCUUGGAUGCCUCUUGGUACCUCCCCAAAAUGAAACGUAAUCCCCAGAGUGAGUUUGAGGCACGCCACAUUCCUGGAGCUGCUUUCUUUGACAUUGAUCACUGCAGUGACCGCACAUCACCUUAUGAUCAUAUGCUUCCCAGUGCAACAGAUUUUGCAGAGUACGUGGGCAAACUAGGAGUGGGCAGUGAUUCUCAUGUUGUGGUGUAUGACGCAAGUGACCAGGGCCUGUUCUCAGCUCCACGUGUCUGGUGGAUGUUCCGCAUUUUUGGGCAUGAUGCAGUUUCUGUCCUAGAUGGUGGGCUGAAGAACUGGAUGAAAGAGGGGUAUCCAGUCAGCUCUGGAAAGAGUCAUCCUACUUCUGCAGAAUUUCAUGCCUCUCUGGAUAAAUCAAUGGUGAAGACCUACGAGCAGAUUAAGGAGAACAUUGAGUCACACCAGUUCCAGGUAGUGGAUGCCCGGUCUGCUGGUAGGUUCGCUGGGAGAGAACCAGAACCCCGAGAAGGAAUCGAACCUGGUCACAUCCCUGGCUCUGCAAACAUUCCUUUCACAGAAUUCCUCACUGAAGCAGGCUUGGAGAAGAGCCCAGAAACUAUCCGAAGCUUGUUUCAGGAGAAGAAAGUAGACCUCUCCAAACCUCUUGCGGCCACUUGUGGAUCAGGAGUCACCGCUUGCCAUGUGGCAUUAGGAGCAUAUCUGUGUGGGAAGCCAGAUGUGGCCAUUUAUGAUGGGGCUUGGGUGGAGUGGUUCAUGCGUGCACAGCCUGAAGACAUCAUCUCCGAGAAGAUGGGUAAGAGCCUCUGAAUCCCAGCCUUCUGCAGAGAUAGAAACAUUAGGGAAAGGGGAUAGCCUUUAAAAAUUCUACCUCAAGAUGUUCUGCUUGUUGAGUGAAAUGUUUUGAUAACGAAUUGGGGGAUUUGCCAUUCUUUUGCUUGUCUCCUUUGUGAGGUAUGGAUACUGUCCCUUUUUCAUUGCAAAGAAAGCACUAAUUGUGGGAUGAUGAAAUUAGAGUUCCAGGUAGAAUACAGGAACUCUGGAGAUUUGCAACUGCAGAAAAGGAGUUUGCUUUUUAAUGGAAUUAAUUUUGCAUUGUAACGAUGGGAAAUUGUGUCAUGCUUCUGGCUAUUUAGUACUAAUUGUUCCUCCGCUGAGCCUUGUAAUCCGGUUUCUAUUCACUUUCAUGGAAAUGCAAUAGCGCAAACAUUUUUAAAUUAAAAGCAUCUUAGUGCCCUUAAA